AUGGAGCUUCACCUUUACUCUUCUUCCGUUGGUCUAUCCCUUCUGUGCCAAUUACGCCCUCGGUGGUCUCCCCUCUGCUGGAACCACCAGAUCUGCUCAUGCUUUCCUUGUCUAGGCUUCCUCCGGCUACGUUGAUCUUUCGCCGAGAUAGGCUGCUUCCGCCGCCUCUUCUUUCGCAAAUCUCGUGGUUGCGCUUCACCAGAGUUUCGUCAACAAGUAUCUUCUUCUCGGGAUCCGCCUUUGAUUCCCGAAGAAUUAUCUCCCUUCCUGGGAACAGCUACACCGUCAAUUUCUCCUCUGCCUCUCCGAAAAUUCAAACGCUUUGGUCUAUCCAAGCGAUUCUGGUGACUCCAUCGACUUCGGCCUCCAUCUCGGUCUCAAUGUCCGAUGGAUUUCUGAUCACCACAAUCUCUAGAUUGUUAGAUCUGGUGGUCGGAGAUCUUGUUUCGGCUGAGCAUGGUCUCGCCUGCUCUCUGCCAUGCCCUUCAAUCGGCAAGAAAUACUUCCACCGUUCUCCGGUUAACCUCAUCACUGAAGUUGAACCACUUUUUCCACCUCGAUUGGGAUUUUCCUCGACAAACUGGAAUGGUUCCCCGACGAUCAACGGCCGCCGCCUCCUCUGCACUCAAAACGCUGAAGUUGUCCCUAGGGUUUCUAGUGGACCAAGUUUGGGCAUAGCUGGUAAUGGGCUAGGUUAUGGAUUUACUACUAAUGGGCCUUACAGAACAAAAGCCCAGAACUGCUUUUGGAAGAGAACAUCUUCGAAUUCCUCCCUGUGGGAGAGACCAUUGUUAUAUUACCUCAUUUUUGGCUUAUCAGAGACUAAGGAUAUGUUGUAUCUCUUUCCAAAUUUUAGAGCUUGUAUAGCUUUUGUUUCUCUCUUUGUAAAAGAUUCUCUUGAACUUGAACUUAUGGGAGGUUAUACUCUUAUGUUCUCAAAUGACUAUCCGGUUCGUUUGGUGUCGA